UUAAUUAUCCAGAGAGUAUGGAAGUAUGGAAAUGGUAAGAUUUUGGCAGUUGUGUCCGAAAUCGAGCCAUUGUUUGGUGAGAAGACGAUAACAUACAAAGAAUAAUGGCGUUGGCUACGGCGGUGUCCUCGCCGCCAAAUGCAUUCCUUCUUCAACCACAGCGAGUAACUGUAGCAGAGAGAACAAAAAUGGCGGGGUUUUGGCCCUCCGCCUCUUCCUCUUUACCAACUCCAUCCAACUCCCGCCCUCUUCUUCAUUUCAGUUUCAGCAGACAACUUCUUCUUGCAUCGCCCAAUUCCUCCCCUGCUCCAAUCGUUCACCGGCGAGUAGGGUUUCACUUCAGCAGCACCGGAAGGUACGGCCACAAUGACUGGUUCCGUGCCGAUUAUGUACCAAUUCCCGUGGUGAAUUGCACCAGAAGUGGGGCAGAUACUGAAUUGGAUUUGUCGGAGUCCGUUGAUUGCGUGGGGACUGCCCAGGAUGUGGAGUGCGUUGUUUCCCCGGCCGACGAAGAUCCUCGAUCUUCGAUUGCCGAUGUCGAUGGUGAUGGCUCUUUGGCAGUCUUGGGGAAAGCCUGGGAGUUCGCGGUGUUGGUGUCGCCAUUUUUCUUCUGGGGUACGGCUAUGGUGGCCAUGAAGGAGGUGCUUCCGAGGUCUGGUCCUUUCUUUGUUUCCGCCUUUCGUCUUAUACCUGCCGGUUUCCUUUUGAUUGCCUUUGCUGCUUUCCGCGGUCGCCCCUUUCCCUCUGGUUUUUCUGCUUGGAUUUCCAUCGCUCUCUUUGCUCUAGUCGACGCUACAUCAUUUCAGGGCUUUCUUGCUCAAGGCUUGCAGAGGACAUCCGCAGGCUUGGGCAGUGUAAUAAUUGAUUCUCAACCAUUAACCGUAGCGGUGCUUGCAGCCUUAUUAUUUGGUGAAUCCAUCAGUUUGAUUGGAGCCGCUGGACUUUUACUUGGUGUUUUAGGACUUUUGCUUCUUGAGGUUCCUUCACUUGCUUUAGAUGCAAGUACCUUUUCGUUAUGGGGAAGUGGAGAGUGGUGGAUGUUUCUUGCUGCACAGAGCAUGGCCGUGGGUACUGUCAUGGUCCGCUGGGUUUCCAAGUACUCUGAUCCUAUUAUGGCAACUGGAUGGCACAUGGUGAUUGGUGGUCUCCCGCUUUUGGCGAUCUGUAUCCUUAAUCAUGAUCCUGCCAUCAGUGGGAGUCUGAAGGAUUUUACAACAAAUGAUAUACUGGCACUCCUUUAUGCAUCAAUUUUUGGAAGUGCUAUUAGCUACGGUUCAUUCUUCUAUAGUGCAACAAAAGGUAGUUUGACAAAGCUCAGCUCUCUCACCUUUCUCACUCCAAUGUUUGCUUCAGUUUUUGGGUUUCUAUAUUUGGGAGAGACAUUCUCACCUAUUCAACUGGUUGGAGCUGUUGUUACCGUGGUCGCUAUAUACGUGGUCAACUACGGCAGUAGUGUGGAAUGAGAGCAAAAGAUCUGGUCAUGCUUUCAACAUUCAACACAAAGGCAUGAAAUGCCAAUUUACGCACUAGAUCUUGAAGAAUUUUCUUGAAAAUGAUAGGCUGGAUACAAUACCCUUAUUGUGCAGCAAAUGAUAGUACAUGGUGCAGAUUUGAUUUGUGGAGAAACACACCUGAACCGAUGAUACAUGACAAUGGCCUUUUGGAGAAAUGAAAUUGUGAACUGCCCCACAAAGCGUUCUAUUGAGUUUUGAACUGUAUCAGUCAAAGACCCCAUUUGUAGCAUUUGUAAUUAGUGUAUUAAAAUGUAUUCAAAUUAUGUAAUUAUAGCUUUUCUACGAUUACAUUUGUAAUCAUAUUUUUUCAAACUUUGAUAUGUAUACGUUCAUUUAUGGUUAUUGAAAAGAAUCUAGUAGGAGGA